CCAUCAUAUCUGAACCUUCAGAACCAAAGCUGCAUCAACUAAAUCACUAUUUAGUAUCUAUAGUUGAUCAGCUUAUAGAACUUUGGGAAGGGAUAGAUCUAUUGGCUACAUUUGAAUCUCCAUCUGGCAAGAGAAUAAAAU